UUAGACUUGGGCCGAAGGCGGUGUUUGAGAGCCGGUUCGGGUCAGGCAUCACACAGGUCGUCUAGUUUCCCGGCUGGCUGCGCGCGAGGACCUCCCCGGCCCCUCAGCUGCCGCCGCGGUUACUGAGGGUGGUGGGUCGCUCGGGGCUGCCGCGGACGCGCCGGAGUCCGUGUCGGCUGCUCUUCUGGCCCGAAGCGGCUUCUUGCCUGCGUGGCGCCCCUGCCUCCUGUGGUAUCGAGGAGGAGUCCCUGCGGACUCCUGGGCACGUUAGUGGAAGAUGCCGCUCUUUGCUACCAACCCCUUCGACCAGGAUGUUGAAAAAGCAACCAGUGAGAUGAAUACUGCUGAGGACUGGGGGCUCAUUUUGGACAUUUGUGAUAAAGUUGGUCAAUCUCGUACGGGACCCAAAGAUUGUCUGCGAUCUAUUAUGAGGAGGGUGAACCAUAAAGAUCCUCAUGUUGCUAUGCAAGCUUUGACUCUUCUAGGAGCGUGUGUGUCAAACUGUGGUAAAAUUUUCCAUUUGGAAGUAUGUUCAAGAGAUUUUGCUAGUGAAGUAAGCAAUGUAUUAAAUAAGGGUCAUCCCAAAGUAUGUGAAAAAUUAAAAGCUCUUAUGGUUGAAUGGACAGAUGAAUUUAAGAAUGACCCACAACUUAGCCUAAUAUCAGCAAUGAUUAAGAACCUUAAGGAACAAGGAGUUACUUUCCCAGCUGUUGGAUCUCAGGCUGCAGAGCAAGCGAAAGCAAGUCCAGCUCUGGUAGCCAAGGAUUCUGGAGCUGCAGCAAAUAAAAAGGAGGAGGAAGAUUUAGCUAAAGCCAUUGAAUUGUCCCUGAAGGAGCAAAGGCAGCAGUCCACCACCCUUUCCAGCUUGUAUCCAAGCACAUCUAAUCUAUUAACUAACCACCAGCAUGAGGGCCGAAAAGUUCGUGCUAUUUAUGACUUUGAAGCUGCUGAAGAUAAUGAGCUUACUUUUAAAGCUGGCGAGAUUAUUACAGUGCUUGAUGAUAGUGAUCCCAACUGGUGGAAAGGGGAAACUCAUCAAGGAACAGGACUAUUUCCUUCUAAUUUUGUGACUGCAGACCUCACUGCUGAGCCAGAAAUGAUUAAACCAGAGAAGAAGACGGUACAAUUUAGUGAUGACGUUCAGGUAGAGACAAUAGAGCCAGAGCCGGAACCAGCCUAUAUUGACGAAGAUAAAAUGGACCAGUUGCUGCAGAUGUUGCAAAGUACAGAUCCCAGUGACGAUCAGCCAGACCUUCCAGAGCUGCUUCAUCUGGAAGCAAUGUGUCAUCAGAUGGGACCUCUCAUAGAUGAAAAGCUGGAAGAUAUUGAUAGAAAACAUUCUGAACUUUCAGAACUUAAUGUUAAAGUAAUGGAAGCACUUUCACUGUAUACCAAGCUAAUGAACGAAGAUCCUAUGUAUUCCAUGUAUGCAAAAUUACAGAAUCCGCAGUAUUAUGUGCAGUCAUCUGGUGUUUCUGCUGCUCAGGUGUAUGCAGGGCCUCCACCGAGUGGUGCUUACCUGGUUGCCGGGAAUGCACAGAUGAGCCAUCUUCAGAGCUACAGCCUUCCACCCGAGCAGCUGUCUACUCUCAGCCAAGGAGCGCUGCCGCCGUCUGCUAACCCAGCUCUUGCUGGUCAGCAGACCCACGCUGCUUACCCAAACACAUUGGUUAGUUCUGUUCAAGGAAGUACGUAUCCCAAUCAGGCUUCGGUAUAUAGUCCUCCUCCUGCUGCCGCCACCGCUGCUGAUGUCACCAUUUACCAGAACGCAGGAACUAGUAUGUCCCAGGUGCCAAACUAUAAUUUAACAGCCUCAGCACUGCCUCAGCCAGUAGGCAGCCAACAACCACCUCAGCCACAGCAACCAUAUUCUCAGAAGGCUCUGCUAUAGGACCUGGUAUUCCUCCUAGUGGGAGAUAUCUGCUGAAGUGCAGACAAUGCAGAGUGAUUCGUAUCUUAAAAUUUGUUUAUUUUCAACUCAUAGGAAUCCAUCUUGAGCAGCAAGUUAAACUAUUGAAGAAGGUAGAACCCUCUUCAUUUUGCACUGACUUUUUAGAGGUUCUCCUUUCCCCCUCCCCCCAGAGGAAUGAAACUACUUACAACAUUUAAUUUCUUUUGUAAUACAAAGAAUUGAUAUGAGAUUAUUUGUCUCAUGAAAAUUACCUGGUCUGCAAAAAGUCAAACUUAGAAAAACUGUGUUGGGAAAUGUUACGUAUAUCUAUUGAUAUGUAACUUCAUUAGUGGCCAUUUGAAUCAAGUGGUGAUCAUGUGAAUAUAUUUAACACUGUUAAAUUAAUUUACAUUGCUAUUUUAUUUUAAUCAUGAACAGCUACCAUGUUUCAUAAUGUACCAUGUAAAUCUUAAAUAAUUACACUAUCUUUUUAAACUGCAAGAGAACAAAGUUGUAGCAUAUGUACUGAAGGCAUUAUUUGUUCAGGUUUCAGAGUCAAAUUAAAUGGAACCUUCCUUUUACUAAUUGUGAGCUAAAAAUAUGUGUUAUGUCUUUCUGUAGCCUCUGCAUACUGCUAGCUGUCAUCACAUCAGCGUACAGUAGCUAAAUUUUUGGCAUAGUUUUAGCAGUUGAUAAUGUUCCCUUUUAAGCUUUCACAUUUUGGCAUGAUAUUUCAGAUAUAGGGACCAUGAGACAAAAGUAAGUAGAAUCAUCAUUCUUUAUAUCCUAUUUUAAAAGAAAUAAUGUUAAUUUACAUUUUCCUAGUUGAAAAAUAGUAAUUAGGUUUCUAAGCUGUAUACUGUUAUUUUGGUGGCAGUAACACCAAAGAUAGAGGCAUUGGGUAGGAAUUUUUAAACUGGAAAGAAAACAGGAAUUACACUACAUUUUUAAGGUCUCUUGUAAUUAUUUAGGUUAUAACUAAAUUUGAUUCAUCUGUCUUAUCCUAUUGCUAGUCUCUUAAUAUGUCCUUAACACAUUGUAUCCUUUAACUUUCAUUAAAAUGGAUAUAAGUAGGUGUUUCAAAGUAAUUUAUAUUCCUGACUUUUCUUAACAAUUUAUAUAUUUAUUAUCAAACUGGAUUUUUUGGUCUGUUCUCUGUCUUUCCUCUUUAAAAUUAUAGUGGAAUUUUUGGUUUCCUAGUUGAGAAUAUUUUUGAAUGAGUGCUUUUAU